CAGCCGCCGGGCCACAGGGGAUCGCGGCUCCGGGCUCCGGAAGGGCGCCCAGGGCGCGCAUUUACCAGGGCGGCUGCGCGACGUUUUUCCGGCGGGACUGCACGGAGGAAGGUCUUGGGGACAGUCCGCUGGCCCGGCGCCUCACCUUGCGCGCUCGGAGUCACCGAGGAGACGAGUCCGUCGCCCCUGCCGCCCCUCGCUGUCCCAGCCAUGGCCACACGCCUCCUCCGCGGGGCCCUACGCUUGUGGGGCGGCCGCUGUGCUCCGAGCGUGCCGCCGGCCUCGAGAUGUUCUCAUUCUGGAGGGGAGGAACGUCUAGAAGCUCCUUCUGCUAAAAAAUUAACAGAUAUAGGAAUUAGAAGAAUCUUCUCUUCAGAACAUGACAUUUUCCGGGAAAGUGUAAGGAAGUUUUUUCAAGAAGAAGUGAUUCCUCAUCACGCAGAAUGGGAGAAAGCUGGAGAAGUGAGUAGGGAGCUUUGGGAAAAAGCUGGAAAACAAGGACUGCUUGGUGUCAAUAUUGCAGAGCGUCAUGGUGGCAUUGGGGGGGACUUGUACUCGUCAGCUGUUGUUUGGGAGGAGCAAGCAUAUUCGAAUUGCACAGGCCCAGGUUUUAGUCUUCAUUCGGAUAUUGUCAUGCCCUAUAUUGCAAACUAUGGCUCAGAAGAACAGAUUAAGCACUUCAUCCCCCAGAUGACUGCAGGGAAAUGUAUUGGUGCCAUAGCAAUGACAGAGCCUGGGGCUGGAAGUGAUUUGCAAGGAGUGAGAACAAAUGCCAAAAAGGAUGGAAGUGACUGGAUUCUCAAUGGAAGCAAGGUAUUCAUCACUAAUGGGUGGCUAAGUGACGUUGUGAUCGUAGUGGCAGUCACAAAUCGUGACGCUCGCUCUCCUGCCCAUGGCAUUAGCCUUUUUCUGGUGGAAAAUGGAAUGAAAGGAUUUGUCAAGGGACGAAAGCUACAUAAAAUGGGACUAAAAGCCCAGGAUACUGCAGAAUUAUUCUUUGAAGAUGUACGUUUGCCAGCAAAUGCCCUACUUGGAGAAGAGAAUAAAGGCUUCUAUUACCUCAUGCAAGAGCUUCCACAGGAAAGGCUACUGAUUGCUGAGUUGGCAGUUUCAGCCAGUGAAUUCAUGUUUGAAGAAACCAGGAACUACGUUAAACAAAGAAAAGCUUUUGGGAAAACAGUUGCACACAUACAGACGGUGCAGCAUAAGCUAGCAGAAUUAAAAACACACAUUUGUGUAACCAGAGCUUUUGUGGACAGCUGUCUCCAGCUUCAUGAAACGAAACGUCUGGACUCUGCCACUGCUUCCAUGGCGAAAUAUUGGGCAUCUGAGUUACAGAACAGUGUAGCUUAUGACUGCGUGCAGCUGCAUGGAGGUUGGGGAUACAUGUGGGAGUACCCAAUUGCAAAAGCUUAUGUGGAUGCCCGAGUUCAGCCAAUCUAUGGUGGUACCAAUGAAAUAAUGAAGGAGCUAAUUGCAAGAGAGAUCGUCAGUGACAAGUAGACAUCUGCCCACAUCCUGGAAUCCUAUUACAACUAAUCUGGUUUUAAAUCUACUCAAGAUAAAAUACAACCUGGAAAGGGAGGGAACACUAAACAUGUUUUUAUAUGUUCUCUCUACAGAGAAAGAAAUCAAAUACAAAUACAAGAUUAACACAGUGGGAGGAGAAAUCUUUGAAUCCAAAGAUCCUAAAGUUUUCCAAUAUAAAGGUUGGUAGGAUCCUAAACCUUUCCAAUUAAAAGGUUUAACUUUUAAUUUUUUAUAUAGCUAAAAGGCAAAGGUUUUCUGAUUCUAGAAGCCUUAAUAUUUCAUUUAGCCUUAAAAUUCUAAAAGAGCGUAGUCACUUAGAUCUUUAAAGUUGAGGCAGAAAUAAUUUUGUUAUUAUACUAUAAAAAUGGGAUUAAUAAUAUUUACAGCACAUUGACUUUGAAAAGGAAAAAUAAAUAUAAUUUACAAUGCAAAA